UACUCGUAAUACGAAUUUUCCAUAAGAUGUUUCUUGUAUCUAAGAGUGAGACUGCAGUAGGUGCACUUGAACUGAACAUACGAGUAAUAAUUUUUUAAAUAUAAUGAAAAUGAUUUGGAAAAUAUUACAUUUAAUUUUUUUUCUAUUUUUCCAUAGUUUUUACGAAAACGUCAAUGGCCAACCCACAUCUUCCCCUUCAAGCCAGAAAAUAUGUGAAAAAUUAAACCCAGUCAACGUCGAUCUCAAAUGCUACUAUCGAGGUGCGUCGAUCAAAUGCGAUGAAAAUUUACUUCCCGGGACGAAAGUUCGACCAACUUGUCAACCACUGCACACUUAUACAGAUUCGACUCCUACUUACGAAGAAAUAAACUGCAAAGAGGAUGGAAAAUGGGAUAAAGCUUUAUUUUCUUGUGUUCCUGACUGCGGAAGACCAUUCACCAAUGCUCAACUACUAAUUGCUGGAGGCGUGGAAGAAAAAAUUGGGGAUUCUCCUUGGCACGUGGCCAUUUAUAAUGAAAAAAAAGUUUUAAUUUGCAGCGGUACUAUCAUUUCCCCUCAUGUAGUCGUGACAGGUGCUCUCUGCGUUUACGACGGUGAAAAAAAUGCUCCAGGAGAUGCAAACAAUUACGAAGUUGUCGUCAGUAAAGUGUCAAGAGACUAUGCUACAAAAGACAACGCAGCUCAAAGAACAUAUAAAGUCAAAGAAAUCCGUUUCGACGAAAAAGGUUACGAGGGAAUCCACAGUCAUUAUGCAUCUGACAUAGCUUUAUUAAUCCUCAGUGAGAAAAUUACAAUGGGUGCGACAGUGAUGCCAGUAUGUGUUGACUGGUCUGGUACAAAAAAUAUCCCACCAACCGAGGGCACUCCAGGAAAAGUUUCAGGUUGGGGAUUGGAUGCGAUUUCAAAAGGUAACUUCAGCAAAACACUAAAGUCUGCGAAUGUACCUUUCAUCAGUCGCAUAAAUUGUGCGAAAUUCAUCAGUAAUGACGGAAAAGCGAUUUUAACACGCGAUAAAUUUUGCGCCGGAAGUAAGCAAAGUCCUACUCUGCUUCAAGGAGAUAGCGGAGGUGGUUUAGUGUUCAAAGAAAACAAUCACUACUUUAUUCGAGGGCUUGUAAGUGUGAAAAUAUUACCAAAAGAUCCUAUCGUUAUGUUUACUGAUGUGAAUGAUCACAUCGAUUGGAUGCUGAUGGUACGUAAUGAAGUCGAGCAAGAUGUCAUCGAAAAGCAGACUACGAUCAAAUAUAAGAAUAAAAGUCCGCAGAAAUGAAAAAAUCAUUUCACGAAGCGUUUUAAAGCGAAGUGAUUAGAUUAAUAUACAGGGUGGCUCAAAAUAAACUCUGAGACUUUAGGGCCACCCUGUAUUCGGCAGGUGUAGGGUGUGUUUUUUGAAACCGAUUAAAUCAAUAAGUAAUAUAAUUUUAAAAUAAUUAUAUAAAUUUUUUCAUGA